AUGAGUCCAAAAUUCAUAUCUCGAAUCCUCCUUCUCCAUCUACUAUUAAUCACGAGUUUUUAUGAAACCGGAGCAAGAGAAUUGAUUGAAACAGAAAACAAACUCUUGGAUAUAUCACAAAAAGAACAGAAACAUCAUGAACAUAAUCAUAACCACAUGGACCCUUCUGUUAUGGUGUUCUUCACCUUACAAGAUUUAAAAGUUGGAAAAAGAAUGCAAAUUUAUUUUCCCAAAAGAAACCCUUCAACUUCCCCAAAGUUUUGGCCACGAGACAAAGCUGAUUCACUUCCCUUUUCGUUAAACAAACUCCAAACCCUUCUUGAAAUCUUCUCUUUCUCUCAAGAUUCUCCACAAGCCAAAGCAAUGGUAGACACACUCAAAGAAUGCGAGAGUAAACCGAUCCAAGGUGAAGUCAAAUUCUGCGCGACUUCUUUGGAAUCUAUGCUAGAUUUCACUCAAAGAAGUCUUGGUUCUUCCAAUGAUCUUGGAGUUUAUGCAACUUCGCAUUUAACCAAAUCAAGUGUGACUUUCCAAAACUACACAACAUUAGAAAAUAUUGUUCGGAUUUCAGCUCCGAAGAUGGUGGCAUGUCACACUAUGCCUUACCCUUAUGCUGUUUUCUACUGUCAUAGUCAAGAGAGUGAGAAUAGGUUAUAUAGAGUUUCGCUUGUAGGUGAUAAUGGUGAUAUGGUUGAAGCUAUGGUUGUUUGUCAUAUGGAUACUUCUCAUUGGGGGCAUGGUCAUGUUUCGUUUCAGGUUCUAGGUGUUGCGCCAGGAAGUUCUAAUGUGUGUCACUUUUUUCCUGCUGAUAAUUUCAUCUGGGUUCCAAAACUGCAAGAUCGCAGUGCUUCGGCUAUGUGA